AUGGAUGUGAAGCAGAUAGCAACCUUGAAAGCAGAAACGCUGAACAGGUUAAGCAACUGGGGACGUUAUUCAAGUUUCGACCGUUCUUAUGAUCCAAGAACUACUUUCUCAGGGAAGUUAGACAAGGAACAACUUGAUUUCAUCAGGUGUGAAACAAUGGCAACAACGCUGGCCAUGUCAAGGGCACGUGAAACCAACAGAGACUACGAAACAGCGUUAAUGGAAGUUCAGUUAGAGGUGGGCAUUGAACUGGCUAAACUGUUAGCCGAAACUAUUGACCCUGCUUUUGCUGGAACGAAUGCUGUCAGAAUUGAAGAAGGUGGAGGAGAAGUUUGUGGGAUUUGUCUGGAAAACAUGGAGAGAGGAGAGGAAGCUAGAGCCAUGGGGUACUGCAGCCAUAAGUUCCAUGCUUCUUGUAUUUUUGAGUGGGUUAAAAGGAAAAAAAAACUGUCCUUUAUGUAG